AUGCAGUUCAACAUCAACACCGUGGCCCUCCUCGCCGCCCUCCUCCCCCUCGCAUCCGCCGUCCCCUCGGACGCCAACGCCGUCGAGGCCACCCUGGCAAAGAGGCAGAGGCAGUACCAGUGCGAGACCUCGAACAACCUCGGCGCCUGCAACAACGCCAUUGCCAAACUGAGAGGUCACGAGGCCAGAGGCUGCGACGUCUGGUGGGGUGGAAUAGCAUGCAUCGGUGCCUUUGCGGCCCUGAUCCCGGCUUGCGGAGCUGCUGUCGAUGAGUUCUUCUUGAACCCCCUCGCUGAUGUCGCUUGCAUCGGAGCCGUGGCCAACUUCCAAGGCCCUUGCAAGGGCUGUGAGCCUUUCUAG